UGUGCAUCGGAAUAAUCUAUGACGUCAUUUCAAAUUCAAUAGAAGUUGUCUCAUCCUUCUCUAGAUACAAAUGAUACAAUCUUGAAUUAACAUUUACAACGAAACAACCUGCUAAAUUACUGUACGCUGUAUUUUAAUAAUGGUGCACUCUAAAUUAAUUCCAAAAAACAAAUUUAACGGAUUUUUAUUCCUGAAAACAGAACCGGAUUUUCGUUUUUCAUUACUAUGAGGUUGGCUAUACUUUGCACUGUAAACAGUUGAAUUGUAAACAAAACAAAACUAACCUAAAAUUAUUUUUAAAUUUUAACCAGUUUUAACUAAUAAUAUUACUAUUAUGUAUUAAAAUAUUUAAUAAUUUCCAAAUACACAUUUUGUAACUCACCAAGAAAUUAUCAGAUAUGAUUCUUGGUUGGUUUUAUUCGUUUUCAGUAACACAGUAAAUGUUGAGAGGUUUAAAGUUCAACAACUGUCGUACCAUGGCCACACAUUUAGUUUCUUCGCCAGAAAUUAAAACUUUUGUAUUUAUGGAUAUAGAAACAACUGGUUUGCCUCUUUAUGAAAACAACACGACAAAAAUAACGGAGCUUUGUUUAACUGCUGUACACGCCAGUCAUUUACGUUUAGGAGCUUUUCCACGUGUGCAGAAUAAAUUAAAUUUAUGUUUUAACCCUUGUAAGCUGAUAUCCGCCGAUUCAGAAAAAAUUACUGGUCUUUCAAAUACUUUAUUAGAAGAGAGCUAUAAAUUUUCCAAAGAAACAGUAGAUUCAAUAAGUAACUUUUUGAAUCAUAAUCCUCAGCCAAUAUGUUUUGUUGCUCAUAACGGACUUAGGUUUGACUAUCCUCUGCUUAGACGUGAAAUAAACAAAACAAAUACAUCUUUGGAUACAAACAUUUUAUGUAUUGACACAUUAGUAACUUUUCGUGAAUUACUAGUAGAGAAAAAUGAAUUAAAAAUAGAAAAUAUGAUUACUGAUAUUGAUACUGUAGAUAAUAUUCAAUGUGAUCAACCUUUGUUUGAAUGCAUGGCCCAGCAAAUGAAUGAAACAACACCUUCAAAGCAAAUGAUUAAAAAUCCAUACAACAGUCCUCCUGUUAAAAAAAUUAAGGUAGAUAAUGUUCGGAAGAAGAUAGAGUUUGGUUCAAGUUAUAAGUUAGGUGACAUAUUCACUCGUUUAACUAAUAAACAACCCAUUAACUCUCAUCAGGCUGAUGGAGAUGUUCAGAUGUUAAUUAUGUGUGCUGCUACACUGGGGGAUAGAUUUGUAGAUUGGUCAAAUGAAAAUUCUAAAAGAUUUUGUGAUGUUCCAGCCAUGGUUCCAGGGAAAAAAAUAGGCACAUGAGGAUUCUUUUUUUUUAUAAAAUUUUUAACAUUAUAUAGGUAAACAUUUCACAUUAGAUGUGUGGUUUUAUGAAGCUGUAUUUUAUAUCUUUAUUUGAGUAUUUUAUUUAUUGAUUUUAUUAUAUAUUUUUAUGCUACAUUUACAGUAUUUCCAGAAUUAAUCAUUUUAUUUGUUGAUGUGUAAUUUUUGUUAGAUUAUUAUAUUUUAUAUAUUGAACCAUUUUAUCUAUUUUAUAUUUAAUUUAAUUUAAAUUUGUACAUAGUACAAGGUUCUACAAUGCAAGAUUCAUAAUAGCCAUAUACAUAAGUAAAGUUUGUGCCUUCCUAAUUAAUUAAAAACAGUAUUUGUUGUACACAUUCAUUUUUGCCUAUUUCACUUCUUAUUAUGGCUUUUAAGAUUCACGUAUGACUUUAAGUCAUUCCUUGUACUCUAAAUAAUUGAUAAUGCAUAGUUUUAAAAUCUUUUACAAUUUUUUGUAUAUUUUUAAACAUGUAAUUGCUAUAUACCUAUAUUCUAAAAACUUUAUUUAUACAUAAUAGGUUUGUUCUAGAAACAGUAAGAAAUAUAGUUAUUUCACAUGUAUGUACAUCAGAAAAUGUUAAAAAUUCUAGUAGGUACAUUUAUAACUACUGUAGGAACAAAUCUAUAUCAAAAUAUUGAGUCUGAAUUAUAAAAAAAU